AUUACAGCUCAUCGACGAAUGCGUACUGUCACUAAUUACUUCUUGGUGAAUCUCUCCGUGGCGGAUCUUAUGAUGUCAUUGCUCAACUGCGCCUUCAACUUUAUCUUCCUUCUCAACUCUAAUUGGCCCUUUGGAGUAGUAUAUUGCACUAUCAACAACUUUGUAGCACACGUGACUGUUGCUUCUAGCGUUUUUACUCUCGUCGUAAUUUCAUUUGACAGAUACAUGGCCAUUAUGCAUCCUCUUAAACAUCAUAUGUCUCGCAAGAGAACAGUAAUUACUUUAAUUUUAAUCUGGAGCAUUUCAUCUGCACUAGCGAUUCCGUGCCUUUUAUAUUCCACAACAUCAUCGCGUAGAUAUUCCCAUGGAACAACCAGGAUUUCAUGUUACCUUUUAUGGCCUGACGGAGGUUAUUUGCAUAGUAAGACAGAAUAUUGCUACAAUCUCCUAUUCCUCACUGUAACAUAUCUGGUUCCUAUGACAGUGAUGGGUAUCUGUUAUACGUGCAUGGGACGAAAAUUAUGGGGUUCAAAAUCUAUCGGCGAACUUACACAUUAUCAAAGAGAGUCGAUGAGAUCUAAACGUAAGGUUGUAAAAAUGUUUAUCAUUGUAGUGGGAAUAUUUGCAGUGUGCUGGUUGCCAUACCAGGGAUUCUUCAUUUUUGUAUAUCAUUACCGUCAUUUCGCAGAAAGCAGUUAUGUACAACACGUAUAUUUAAGCUUCUAUUGGCUUGCUAUGGCCAACUCUAUGGUUAAUCCGAUUAUAUAUUACUGGAUGAAUAACAGGUUUCGAGUUUAUUUUGAACUAGUAAUUUGCAAAUGUUGCUGCGUGAUGAAUCGAACAAACGUGCGACGUCAUGAAACGCAAGAAUUAACAGGAUUUCAACGCUCAGAACUUGUGCCAUGUAAUUCGGAUCGUUUUAAAUCAACCUCCAUCAGGUGGCGACAGAGCAUGACAGAGAGCCAGGUACAAACGUUUAAAAUUAAUGCUCGAACAAUGAGUAAGAGACUCCAGCUUAAAGAGGACGUUGCUAUAAUUUGAAUUAAGUAUUAAUUUAAUUUUACAUUACAAAAACAACUUAUCCAUAUUACAGAUGAUGUCAUAAAUAUUUUCACUUUUAUGCUUCACGCAAUGAUUUUUGUUAAAAGCAGUCCUUGAAUGUUAUAAUUUUAUAAUACAAUUAUAUAUGAUUGCAUAAUUGCUAAGUAGCUAAUACUAUUGU